UUGCUGCCAUCCUGGUGGCCUGGGCAGACUUCCACCUGCAGCCCAGAGAGUGUGGACACAGGCAGGUCCCGCCUCCCGGGUUCCCCAGGGGCCUCAACAGUGGCUCCCGCUGGAUGGACAGUGACAUUCAGAGACACCCCAGCUGCCGGGGUCGGGAAGGGAAGGUGGCCUGGCUCCUGGGCUGGCUGGAGGGGUCAGGCCCGCUGGCCAGCCGCUCAGCACCCUCCUGCAGGAAGCCUCAGCAGAUGGCGAACUUCUGGCCCAGGGACAGGGUAGAAAACUCUGCUUGUGGGAGGGGACAGGAAGGCUGGUCCCUGAGCCAAGCUGGCCUUUUCCUGUCCUCCUCUCUCUCAGCCAGGGACACACUGCUUUGGAGCCCACCUCUCACACUGGCACCACUGGUGGCCUCUGCCCACUGCGUGGCAACCCAGAGGGUGGCCCACCAGGACCUGCCAAAGACAGGGGGUGGAGAAGGGAGCAGGACAGGGACACUGGAGGGCGGCAGCAGCCACAGGAGCAGUUUCAGCUGGCUGCCUGCCUCUGCCCCAGAGCCCUGUCCCUCCACCACAGCCCCRUCACAGGCCAUCAGGCUCUCAGCAGGUGCCCUGUGCUCCCCGGAGGCUGGGAGCCGGGUUGGAGGUGGACCUGGAGACGUGCCAUCUCCCUCCCACCCCGGCCUGGCACUGUCGGGGCUCAGAGCCCUCCUGGGAGGCUCAGGGCACUGGUGGCCAAGUGAUGAGAUAGUCCUUUGCCACUCGGGGUGUGGCACUUGUCCAUUCCAUCCCACGCGCCUGYGGAGGCCCCACUGGUGGGGGACACGGUGCUGGGCUGGGCCCCAGCCAGGAGGCCGCGUGCUCAGGCCCUGCCCUAGCCAGGAGCACCAGGCAGGGAGGCUGCCCCGGCCCAGGAGGACAUCCAGAAGAAGUGGCCUUCAGGGCUCUAGGCCUAACGGACGCUGACAGGAAUCAGGGGACAGACAGCACCUCAAUGGCAAGAUUCCCCCCUGAGACCAACGGGGCCAGUAACGCAUGUUCUCAAGAACUGUGACGAGUAGGAGACRGACCGGAGGGACCUGUGGACACCAAAUACACACUGAAAUAUUUGUGGGGAAAGCAUGUGAUGUCAGGGAUUUGCUUCAAAAUGACAAGAGAAGGCACAGUCGAGGUGGCUUGGGGAAGGGACUGAAGAGUUUCAGGGCGGAAGCUGCCCUCCCUGGGGGCCAUGAGGGGAAGACAGUGACGGCUGAUCUGAGAGCACCCGCAGUGAAGAGGGACAGAUCCAGAGAAGAAGUUGCUGGAAAAGGGGCCAAAGUGAAGACCCCUGGGGUCCAUGAGGGCCAGCGUGGUUGGCCGGAGCCACUCGGCACAGAAGGAAGCCGGGGGUCCAGCUCCAGGAACCACCCCUGGCCCUGCUGCCCCCUGCAGCCAGGAGCUGGCCUGCUGAGCCCGUGGGAAAGAUGGGGGCCCACUCCAGGAUGUCCUAGCCCAUCAGCGUCCCCAAGCCAGGGUGGCUGAGUGUGCUGCCAGAAGUCCCCGUCCCUACUUCAGGACCACCCUGCAGGCCGGCGGGAUGGAGCCGGCAAAUGAGGAGAAGCUGGCCUUGGUGUCCAACCUGGUGACUGUGUUUGAGAGCAGCAGGACCCCGGAAACAGCGCCCAGAGACCAGGCCCAGCCACCAGCCCCAGGGCCAUGGGAGAAGCCGCAUGUCGGGGAGACCCCCGAGUCUGGGCCCAGGACCGUGAGCAGGAGGUGUCUGAGCUCCCUGAAGAACAAGCUGUCCAGCGGGGCCUGGCGGAGACCUUGCCAACCUGGGACCUGCGAAGGGACAGUGCCACAGGAGCCCGAGGAGAAGAGGGUGGUCCGGGAGCUGCUGGAGACAGAGCAGGCCUACGUGGCUCGCCUGCACCUUCUGGACCAGGUGUUCUUCCAGGAGCUGCUGCGGGAGGCGCAGGGCAGCAAGGCCUUCCCCGAGGACGUGGUCCGGCUCAUCUUCUCCAACAUCUCCUCCAUCCACCAGUUCCACGCCCGCUUCUUCCUCCCCGAGCUGCAGCGGCGCCUGGAGGACUGGACGGCCACGCCCCGCAUCGGGGACGUGAUCCAGAAACUGGCCCCGUUCCUGAAGAUGUACAGCGAGUACGUCAAGAACUUUGGGCGAGCGGCAGAGCUGCUGGCCACCUGGACGGACAAGUCCCCGCCCUUCCAGGAGGUCAUCGCCCGCAUCCAGAGCAGCGAGGCCUCGGGCAGCCUGACCCUGCAGCACCACAUGCUGGAGCCGGUGCAGAGGGUUCCCCGCUACGAGCUGCUGCUCAAGGAGUAUGUCCAGAAGCUGCCGGCGCAGGCCCCCGACCGCGCGGACGCCCAGAAAGCCCUGGACAUGAUCUUCUCUGCGGCUCAGCACUCCAAUGCGGCCAUCGCCGAGAUGGAGCGGCUGCAGGACCUGUGGGAGGUGUACCAGCGCCUGGGCCUCGACGACGACAUCGUGGACCCCUCCAACCACCUGCUCCGCGAGGGCCCUGUCCUCAAGAUCUCCUUCCGCCGCAGCGACCCCAUGGAGCGCUACCUUUUCUUGUUCAACAACAUGCUGCUCUACUGCGUGCCCAGGGUCAUCCAGGUGGGCGCCCAGUUCCAGGUUAGGACCCGCAUCGACGUGGCCGGGAUGAAGGUGCGGGAGCUGCCCGACGCCGAGUUCCCCCACUGCUUCCUGGUGUCGGGGAAGCAGCGCACCCUGGAGCUGCAGGCGCGGUCCCAGGAGGAAAUGGCUUCCUGGAUCCAGGCCUGCCAAGCCGCCAUCGACCAAAUUGAGAAGCGGAAUGAGACCUUCAAGGCUGCGGUGCAGGGCCCCGAGGGGGACGCCCAGGAGCAGCUGCAGUCUGAGGAGCUGGGCCUCCGAGCACCGCAGUGGGUGCGGGACAAGAUGGUGACCAUGUGCAUGCGCUGCCAGGAGCCCUUCAACGCCCUGACCCGCCGGCGCCACCACUGCAGGGCCUGUGGCUACGUGGUGUGCGCCCGGUGCUCCGACUACAAGGCCGAGCUCCAGUACGACGGCAACCGGCCCAGCAGGGUCUGCCUGCACUGCUUCACCUUCCUCACGGGGAGCGUGCUGCCCGAGGACAGGGACAGGAGGCGGGGCAUCCUGGAGAAAGGCGCUCCRCCCGGGCCUGGCCAGAGCCUGAUGUGCAGCUUCCUGCAGCUCCUGGGGGACAAGUGGGGCAGGAGCGGCCCCCGGGGCUGGUGUGUCAUCCCCCGCCACGACCCCCUGGUGCUCUACGUCUACGGGGCCCCUCAGGACACGCGAGCCCACACCUCCAUCCCCCUGCUGGGCUACCAGGUGACCCCUGGGCCCCAGGGGGACCCCAGGGCCUUCCAGCUGCAACAGUCGGGCCAGCUCUACGCCUUCAAGGCCGAGACGGAGGAGCUAAAGGGCCGCUGGGUGAGGGCCAUGGAACAGGCAGCCGGGGGCUGCAGCCCCGGAGUGACUGAUGACGGGGACCUGUCUGACUGAGCCACCGCCGGCCACACGUCCUAUUCCAACAUUCAGGAGAGAUGGGUCCAGCCGGSGGACGUGGUGCACAUCUGUAAUCCUAGAGGCUCGGAGGCUGAGGCAGGAGGAUGGAGUUCAAGGCCAGCCUCAGCCAU